GGUGGUGAGAUGAAGCCGCGGCUGGACGGUUCGGACUCCCCGAAGCGGCUCUGCUGAGCCCGGGACUACAGAACCGGGGCGCCGCGGAAUGGCCGAUCCUCUGCGGCGGACUCUGCUAGCCAAACUCCGGGGAAAGAAAGGCAAGAAAGGCUCGGCAGCGGUCAGAGUCGGGACUGGUGAAGGUAACGACAAAGUUUACCGAGCCAGGGACGCGCAAAAUCGGCGAGCGGAGCUGGAUUACAUACCGGGCACGAUGAGAGGUAAGCAGGCUUGUGUUCACAGGGGGUUCGAACGCAGGUUCGAGCAGUGCGCACACGCCGGUCGGGGAUGCGAACCGAGUCCCUUUCGGGCGCGACAAGAGCACAAACUUUCGGAGCCGGUGGGGUCCGUUCCUAAACAAGAGGCGCACUGUCCACAAGCAGCGCAGGAACUGACCAAGCAACCGGUCGCCUUUCCGCGCAGACACACUGAGGGAGACUCCAUAGGGUUCGGGAACUGCACCGAGGUUCCGUUUACGCACCAAAUGGAUGGUGGAACCGCCAAGGGAACGGAUUCCCAAGAACCCGUUAACACCAGUGUGCCCAGCACAGGUUGUGGAAAAGGUCUGGAGAUGGACCAGUGCGUAACCUUUGGCUGGUCAGAACCUGGAAGAACCAACGCGGAUCAAUCUGGUCCAGAGUUUUUUCAGUACCUCCAUCCAGGGGCUCUCAGUGAGCAUGAUUUGAUCCAGACUAUUGAAAGUUCUUUGGAGCUUUGUGGAGAUUUUAGCAUGCCAACCAUGCAAAGCCCGACCUUUUUCCCAACAGAGCUUGAAAUUAUAGACGCCAGCCUUGCUCCACGCUUCAUAUGUGCAAGAGAAGGUACCACCCGGCACAACUCGGUAGACAGUGAGGACGACGAUUAUUACGAUAACGAAAUUCUACCCUUUUAUGAGUCAAAGGACAGUAAAGGUCCGGCAGGACAGUCCUCAAACCCUUGUAAUCCUGGGCUGGUCCAGAUUGAUGAUCCCAGCGCUCAGGAAACGGACCGACUCAGGAGUCAACUCAAGGAAGCCUACUACCUCUUGAUUAACACCUUGGGUGACGAAGCUUUUGAUGGACACGUGGAGCCCAAUGGCUACAUUGACCACGGCAGCAGCUCCAGUCAGUCUCACGACAGCCUCAGCGUCGGUUCACAAUCCUCUACCAGACACUCCAGGUCUUCUGUAGAGCAAAGUGUGCACCAUUGGGUGCUUGGGGAUGUCAUUAGAAGUUCCAGAAAGAGCAAGAGCUUGGAGAACCUUUCACCGUUCCAAGAGAGGCCUAACCUGAGGCGUUCCAUGAGUGACGGAGGUGUCCGGUAUCCUGACCAAAACCAGGAUCAAACGAAAAACGGGAGUUUCUAUGACACCGUACCCCUAGGUACGAUUUCAGCCUGUGGGCCUUUAGAUGCUUCUCCCGAGAUCGCUGUUACUUUAGGUGCUGAAUCAGUCUGGGAGCACGCCGAGGAGGAGACCGGUGGCUCCACCGGCAACCAGGAUGCUCCAGGUGGAUUACCAUCUGGAAAACCUAAAAAUGCCUCCGCUCAGCGGGCGAAACAUGGCAAGUCCGGUGGAAUUAUUGCGUGGAAACCUCCGGGGGUCACGGUCAACAAGAUGCAGGAAUGGAUGCACAAGGGACGCUUGCUUUCUUCCGAGAUGAGACAGAGGAUUGCUGGAUCGACCUCACAUGGUGGGGCUCUGGAGGCCGGGGGCAAAAACUUCAACCAUGCCAGUUCUGCAAAUGGGAACAAGAUGGGGAACUCUACAGGUGGUCACCCGUCAAGUACCAGCAUCACAAAUGGAAGCAAGAUGGGAAACCAAUCAGCUGGACACCAGCCAGUUCCUGGCACUGAUACCCAAGACCUCUGCCCUCGCCCGGCUCCUUUAAACUCCAUCACCGUUUCUAAGAAGCGUAACUGGCUGAAUCAGAGCUCCGUCCGGCCCUCUCCGCCCUCGGACGAGGACGACCACGCCCCUCCUCCGCGCACCCGUGCUAACACGCACCGCGUCCCCGCCCUCGUCUCUGACCCGGCCGAGGAGAACGACGCGGACGACGAAGGCGAGAUCUGGUACAACCCGAUUCCCGAGGACGAGGAGGCCGACCUUCAUCACUGCCAACCGAGAACCGAAGCACCAGGACGGACCAGCGGCGUGGAAGGGGGCACAGCCGGGGCUGUCGCAGGGGAUUCUGGGAGUUUGAAUGCGGUGCAGUCUAACGAGUCGAGUCAGGGGUGCAGACAGACGUGCGGAUCACAGGAGGAGAAAGACAGAACCACACGACCGUCAGCGACAGAAUCCUCGGACCAGGGCGUCUCAGGCUUAUCCCCGCCUUCAAGUCCGAACCCGGCUAAGAAGAGCUGCUCCAUCAACUGGUCCCUCCCGGAGCGCAUCAAAUCCCCACGCACAGUCCGCAAGCUCUCCAUGAAGAUGAAGAAGCUUCCCGAGCUCAGCAGGAAGCUCAGCGUCAAAGGAAACCCCACGAACGGCCAGCCGGACCCCAGGACUCAGCUCUUGAAGGCGAACGGUCCGGCUGACCUCGGACCCACGGGCGUCUCCACGGCGUCCGCCGGUGGCAACGUGAUCUGGCGCUAUCAUUUAGACAGCAGCGUGAGCACCCAGCAGCAGAAAAAGAGCAGCGAAUUGGGGGCGCCCAAAUCGGCCAUCAAGGGCGGAUACUUAAGCGACGGAGACUCGCCAGAGCUAGUCGCCAAAUCGGGUAAACACGGCUCGGGUUCGAAAGCUCAGAGAAAGAUGCAGGAUAAGGACUCGAGUUCAGGCAUUCCGAAACUGGCCGACGUGGCAUCGUUCCGUCCGUACAGCCCCCCGGAGCAGGGCAAAUCGGCAUCGCCGCUGCCCGUCUCGGGCCUCCUGAGUGUCCACCUGUGUGGCGCUGAGGGCCUGAAGGCGCCCCGGAGCGACGAAUCGCGUCACAUCUACUGCGCCAUCCAGGUGGACGAGGCAAAGCGGGCGCGUACGGCGCUGCUCCCCUGCCACGGCGACUUCCUGGCCAUGGACCACACCUUCCAGCUAGACCUGGAGGACGCCCAGCGGCUGCGCCUGGUCCUGUUCGGUUGCGAGGCGACGACGGCACCGCGGAGGCAGCGAGUGUGCUGCCACGGAGCCGUAGCGCUGGCGCCGCUCUUCAGGACCACUCGCAGUCACAAGCUCGCCGUGCGCCUCGAGCCACGUGGGGUCAUGUACGUCAAACUGGGACUCGCGGAGCGCCAGAGCCUGUCGGAGGGAACCGAAGGGGACAGGGAGCGAGAGCGGGCGGUUUUUGGAGUGGACGCUGCUCGGGUGGUGGAGCGCGAGGCCGCCGGGCUCCUGGUGCCGCUCAUCAUCGAGAUGUGCGUCGCCGAGAUCGAGAGGAGGGGCUGCCACGUGGUGGGUCUGUAUCGUCUGUGUGGCUCGGCGGCUGUGAAGAAGGAGCUGAGGGAGGCGUUCGAGAGAGACAGUCUUAACGUGGAGCUUUCGGAGACCAACUACCCCGACGUCAACGUCAUUACAGGUGUUCUGAAGGACUAUCUGAGGGAGCUUCCUCAGCCUCUCAUCUCUAAGCCGCUGUACGAGGCGGUUUUAGACGCCAUGGCCAAGCGUCCGCUGAUUAUCGGAGCCGGCGGCUGUGAGAACGACCCCGCCGACUCGGAACACGCUGCCGGUUUGCUGGAGACCCUGCCUGAAGUGGAGAAGGUGACUCUGAGGAAACUCCUGGACCACCUGAAGCGGGUGGCGUCUCAUCACGAGGUGAACAAGAUGACGUGUCAGAACCUGGCCGUGUGUUUCGGGCCGGUGCUGCUCAGUCAGAGGCAGGACGCUUUAGGUCUCGCUAACCGAGUGUUCAUGGACUCGGAGGAACUCGCCAGCGCGCUGCACUUUAAAAAACACAUCGAGGUCCUGCACUACCUGCUGCAGCUCUGGCCAGUCGUGGACGAGCAGAGUAAACCGUCGUCUCCGACCCCACUCCCCCCUGCACCGGUGAGAAGAAGAAAAGAACGUCCUCAGGUGCUGAACCUGAGCGACGCCGAGCUCGCGGGAGUUCUGCGUCCCCGCGCCGGCCGCCUGGACAGCCCGAGCAACCGCUACGCCGGAGACUGGAGCGACUGCAGGGAAACGUACCUCCAUCAGAGCAGCGUAGAGGAGGAGGCCGACUACGCCGACGUGCCAUACGAGGAGCUGCCGGUCGUCAGGGACGAGGAUAAAGAUGCGGACAAGGACGAGGAGAAUCGGGGAGACGACCGAAUGGACGAAGGGGUGGAGAGAACGAACUACGUGCAGAUCGAGGUGGAGACGGAGCAGGAGGACGAAGCCGAGAACUUGGUCAUCGAGGAACGGCGGGGCGCCAUCGAGACGCAGAUCCUGGCGUCGUACGAUUGUAAGAUUUUAGAUCCGGAGGAAUGCAUAUCCAAAGAUCACACGUACCAGGCCUUCAUGAAGAUCCAGGAGAUCAGCCCAGUUCUGAGCAACCGGGUGAACCUGAGGGACCUGCAGGACAGCAUCGACGCGCUCAUCGGCAAUCUGGAACAAGAACUGAAUAAGAACAAGCUCAGCAUCAGCUACUGACUUCAGGUUAGACUCCGUUAACGUCUCGAUGAGUGGUGAGACUUCUCCAUGGAGUUUAAAACAACAUUCCAUACCUUCACGUCUUUAUCUGAGACCUUCGCUGGAGUUUCUCCCGGUUCCUUUGGUUGGUCAGUUACACUAUUGUGCCUUCACAGUGUAAAGUUGGUACUUCAGGCCUGUGGAGAGUUUUUUGCUAAUUUUAUUGUUUGUGAGGUACAGAAAAUAAAACUAAUGCACUUACAAAGCUCGCUUUCAGAGGUGGGGCCCAGAGUCUAGGUCAGAGAAGAAGCUUCUACAGUGGGAGAACUGUAUAAGUAGCUCAUCAUGAAAUAGAAAUCCCAAACCAAAACAUCCCAAAAUCCCUAAACUAUUUAUACAUCAUUAAACCAUCUCAUACAGCUCUCAAAACUCUUAAUCUUAGUCUUCAAACUUUAGUCGCAUCAAGUGUUGUUCAUGCCUGGUUGGUAUUAAAACCCCAGCUUGUAUCUACACUAUAUGGAAAAAAGUAUUGGGACACGCCUUGUGGUUUCAGCCACAACAGUUGCUAACCGGUGUAAUAAAUCAAGCUCUCUAAAGUCAUGAAGAAGAGCUCGGUUUAAAGAUGCUCAAGUGUCCAGCACGGAGUUCUGACCUCAGCCCCACUCAACAGCUCUGGAAUGAACUGGAACAUCAACUGAGCCUUUCUUAUCCAAGAUCAGUGCCCAGCUAUAACCACUGCUGUCCAACAAGCGUAUGGCCAGGUGUCCAAAUACUUUUGACCAUAUAGUUUAUACCCAUACUUACUUUAAACACCGGGUCGUUGACCUGCAGUGGGCCGGGCAGUUUCUUCUUGACCUCAAAUCAUUAACAUGAACUGUUAUUCCGAUAAUGAUUGAACCUAGACGCUGGGAUUUUUGGGGUACGGAAAAGAUACAAACUAUUAAUCACACUGCAGUUAAAAUAAUAGUAAUAUAUGUAAUAUAUUUAAUUUAAAUAGAAAGGUACGCUCUCUACAAACUGUGUAACUAAUGAUAGUAUUAAUACUCCACCUUAUUCUACAUCCUUCUUAGAACCUUAAUCUAAUUCAGGACCCUACUGACCCAGACUGUGGUCCAUUCACCCCAAACCUGUCUGUUUUUAUUCAGAGUAAAAACACUGCAAAGGCGCUAAGCAGAGCCGACGACCUGACUGCACGUCCACACAAACACAAUUGGUCGUGUUUCAGGGAGGAAAGGUUGGACGGGGUUUCUUCCCGCUGCUAUAUGCGAUAUAUUCGGGGCUGGUCUGGACAUCUACACGAGUGAGGGGCGGGAUCACAUGGUGAUAACAAGCGGCUGCAGAUUGGACACGUGUCGGAAGGGGCGUGUGGUGAUCCGGGUCUGCUCGAUCAGAUCGGGGGUUGUGCGAGCGGCAGCGGAUUUACAGUAGUGAAUUGGAAAUGACUCGAUUGGACCGUCACAAAAGGGUCAGUUUGGAAUCAGGCAAAGGUAACGUAACUUUAAAGUGCCUUCAUAAAGCUGAUCACAUAAGAAUGGACUCCAGCGCUAAUCUAGAUGUGUAUGUCUGUUCACUCCCAAAAUUAAAGCAAUAAAAUAAACCUUUAACAGUAUUUAGCGUUAAUAAUAUUUAACAACAGCAGGACGAACCUGUAGAAUAAUAUUUAAAAUCUGAACCUAUAUUUUCUUUACCUAUUACUAACAAAGUCUCGACUUCUGAACGUGUAGGUACGAAAUGCUACAGAACCCGAGACGCCGCGUUAACAGCAGCACACAGCUGGUUGUGUGUUUAACCGUGACGGCGAGUAACGACGGGUUUAUGUUCUCCACAGACCAGGGAUACAAAGUCAUCAGUAUUUAUCAGAUAAAAGUGUAUAAAUGGUUGAGAUAUUUUAUUAUUAUUAUUAUUUUUUGACAGCGUACUUUUCAUGUGUGUAUUUAAACGUUUCUAAGCUGCCUUGUAGGAUUCAGUCUGUAGAUCAGAAUCAGAUUAAUAAGUGUAUGAAUAAAGAUUUUGUUUCUCCGGCACGUUUAAGCCGAAUCAAAGGUAUUCACGCAUAACUGAUGGUUUUGUACACGUGAAAAGUUCAAAGCUUUAUGCUCCUAUAUACACACACAGACACGUAUGUAAGUGUUUAUCUGCUCGCGUUUUCUCUUUCUGUAUUUAUGAUAAAUGUAAAUAGAGAUUAUUUUAAUAAUGCUCACAGUUUGUUUGGCAGCUGCUCACAUGGUAGGAAAUCAGUCGUUCAGAACUUUUAUUUUCACAUUUUUAUUUUAUAAUUGCGCAUUUUUACCCACAGAUAAUUCGGGUGCCUUAGAGGCCGUGUACCACCCCUAUAGAGCACAGCCGGUCAGAUUUUGGCAUUCAGAAACAUAAAAAAGGUCUGCGUUUAACCAGUCUGCAUUUUCCGACCUCUGUUUAGUAUUUGUUAGGCAUGAGAGAAGUGUUUAUAAUAUCUGAUCCAUAAGAAGCUGAUCUGCUAUUUAUGCACUAAAAGCUAAAAACAGCUAAAUGCAAAGCUAGCUUGAUAAAUAUUGUAACUAAGAAUUACCUCGUUUUGUAGCUUUGUAACAGUAAUACUUAGAUAAUAAUAAUUAAUAAUAAAUAAGUAAUAAUUAGGAUUAAACUGUUCCUGUACACAAACUGUUACAUACUGUGUUUCUUGGUAGCCUUCCUCACUCUUCUCCCAGUCAGUUGUUAGCAAGCUAAGCUAACACAACACCCAUAAAUAAUAAAAAGCACAAAUAGACACACAUAGCUUAUCCUGCUCCCUGACAGACUGUGCUCUCUGUUGCUAAACAUAUAUAAAUACGUUAAAAUAAUAAAAUGAUAUACUGUAUAUAUACCUGAGUUUUACUGUAGUAAACAUCAGCUGGUGCUGUGCUAAAGGUAGCGCCUUCUCCGAUUUUCUGAUUUUGAUGUGAAGUUCCGCAAAACUGUUCUGUGAUUGGUUGUUAACAUAAACUCAAAGGGUCAAAGAUUUGCUUGUGAGCCGCUCAGGUGGCGCAGCGGUAAAAACACAUGCUGGAACCAGAGCUGGAUCUCGAAUACAUCGUAUCAAAUCUCAGCUCGGCCUGCCGGCUAAGGCUGAGCGGCCACAUGAACAACGAUCGGCCUGUUGUUCAGAUAUGGGCGGGAGUAAGCCGGAUUGGGUCUCUCUCCCAUGACUGGUGCAAUUACGACCUCUGCUGGCUGAUUGAUGGCGCCUGCACAGAGAUGAGAAAAGAGUGCUCCUCAGGGUGUGUCUCUCCGUACACAACGCUGAUCCGCAUUGCACUCGUCAAAGUGUAGGAGAUAAGAUGCAUACGGCUGCUGCCCACGUGUUGGAGGAGGCGUGGGUUAGCUUCGUUCUCCUCAAUCAGAGCAGGGAUCAACAUUGGUGGAGAGGAAGCAUGAAGCAAUCGGGCAAUUGGACGCGCAAAAAGGGAGAAAAUGCAUACAAAAAGAUUUGCUUGUGAAUUUGAUUCACACCAGAGUCUUGCUGUGUGAAACUGCGAACAAAGACUUAAUACUAUUAACAAAUUCAUGUUCACUCAGAUCUGUCGUGACAUUUUGCUAAAAAACGCAUGCUCGGAACAUAGGUUUAAUUAGCUAUCUAGGCUAAUUAGCUACUACAGCAGAUACCUAUUAAAAGUUAAAUAUUUAUACAUUUGGUCUUAAUUAGAAUAGUUUUGCACCCUAUAUGCAGACUUUUUUUUCUUUUCUGUGCAAAAUCUAGACCCGCAGUUGUUAAAAGUCCUCAUUUCAGAAAAGGUCAUGCAGUAAAGGUCAAUUUGUUAUUUAUUUUUUAUCGUUUUUAGACUAUUACAGUGAAAUCCAAGAUAAUAUUGAGGAGAUUAGCCAAAUAAAUGGCGCCUGAUCCAAACUGGUGUCCAAACUCCAGUCACCAGAGUUUAGUAAGGUCGUGUUGAUGUGUUGACACUUCAUCUCUUUCUCUGAGUCGGUGCUAAAACAGUUCUUGGAUUUUACUGCACAGCAUCGAAAGUGUGGGUAUUUUUUCUUUUAUUUUAACUUUAAAAGCACUGAAUUUGUAUCAAAGCAAUGUGAAAAAAAUGUGAGCGAUGCUGAUCACUCUUCAAUUGAGAAUGGGAAUUUCUUGGGAGAGCUAGGUACAUCUAAAUCAGGGAUGUCAGACCCCCAUCCUGUAGGGCCACAGUACCUCACAGUACUGAGUUUAACAUUGUACCUCAUUAAACCUACCUGAUGUAACUCAUCUGCUAAUUAACAAGGCCUUCUGAUGGACCGAUUUGGUCAGAUGAAGGUUGAAGCCCUUCAGGAACUGGGUUUAACGCCCCUGAUUUAACUGCAUGGAGAGCCGUGCUCCUGCUUUCCGUAUGUGCUCCCUCUGAUCUAAGAUCAGCUAUCUAACCUUGAGUUGUGUACAGAGAACUGGUUAGGACUGAUCCUUGGUCGGUUGCUGACGGUUCACUCACGCAUGCUGAACUCAAGUUCCUGGACUUAAUGUACGUUGUGAGCUGCUCAUUUUCUUUUGAAUACAUUCCUUCGUUUUCUUUAUUAAUAUUAAAAAUGUUGAUGCCUGUUGAGAUCAGUUUUGUAUUUUUGUGUUUUUAACAUCUGAGGUCGGACAGAAACCCUAAUAUUAUAACUGUCACUAAACCUGAUAUACUUUGUACUGAUACUGAGAAAUAUAUGAUCCCAAUAAAGUCUAUAUUUAAAGUGA